CCGGUUUAGCAUGUAAGAGGAAAUCCUCGUUAUACUGGUUCCUCUCCUCCACUCACUCAAAGAAUUCCCACCACCGUAACCAUGUCCAUGGCCUUAUCUUAUCAGCCUCCUCCUCCUCCUCCUCCGACGACCCUCAACUGCAAAACUUCCUCUUCAACCUCCAUAGCUCCCGCACUCAUUCGCUCUCAGUUCCCCGCCAAAUCCAAUGCUCUCUUUUUGCAGAACAACCAUGGUAACCUCUUAUCCCUGAACUCCUCGUCUCCUGAGAAAUGGAGAGCCCAAGUGUCCUUUUUUCCUGCCUUCUUGGGCAAACGCAAAGACGUCACGACCCUCAAGGAGGAGCUUCUUGAAGCAAUCGCCCCCCUCGAUCGCGGCGCUGAGGCCACCCCUGAGGAUCAGCAAAGAGUCGAUCAGAUUGCUCGGAAGCUCGAAGCCGUUAAUCCAACCAAGGAACCUCUGAAAUCUACUUUACUUAAUGGCAAGUGGGAGCUCAUAUAUACCACUUCAAAAUCAAUUCUACAAACUCAGAGACCCAAAUUCUUGAGAUCAAUCACAAACUACCAAGGAAUCAACGUCGAUACACUCAGGGCACAGAACAUGGAAACAUGGCCUUUUUUCAAUCAGGUUACAGCGGACCUAACUCCUCUGAAUACAAGAAAAGUUGCAGUCAAAUUUGACUUUUUCAAGAUUGCUGGUUUGAUUCCUAUUAAGGCCCCUGGAAGAGCCCGUGGUGAACUAGAAAUAACAUAUUUGGAUGAAGAAUUGCGAAUAUCCAGAGGCGACAAGGGGAAUCUCUUCGUAUUGAAAAUGGUCGAUCCAUCUUACAGGGUGCCUGUUUAACAAGAAGCCAAGUGCAGAGGACAGGAUCUCAUGGAAUCGGGUCAUCUGGUGAUGAAAAGAAUUGGCUCCUGUAAGUUGUACAGAUCAUACAUACCCAAGGGGACUUCCCUCCGGUUUCGGUGCAACCAUGACACGGCAAGAUAAAGAACAUCUACCCGUGACUGUCGAGACAAAUUAAGGCAGCAGAAAAUAACACCUCUCGAAGUGCAUUUAGCAAUGUGCAGAAUCCCUUCUUUUACAUAACUAUACGGUGCUUGAUGAGUCAAUUACAGUGCCAAGCAGUUGCCCCUGGAUUAAUGUACUUUGAUUAAAGCAAUUCAAAUUCUGACUUUCCAAAUACAAUGGCUGCAUGCAGUAGCUACAUGAUGUAGCCUACAUCUUGAAUUCUAAAAUGGGUCGAUUUACCUUGA